AUGAGUAGCUUUCGUUGGACUUGGAAACACUGGAGAAAUUGGUCAAUAAAGGCGCAUAAUUUGAUCAACGAAGAACAAACACGCAAAGGAAAAAGAGAAGGAACACGUGACUGGUGCUGGUCAUGUGGCACAAGGCACUGUAAGUUAUGGAGACGAAGAAGAUAUGAGUGAAAAUUAAGCCCGAAGAACAAGAAACGCAGUUCCUCCCGAGCCCUGACACAUGGGUGCUGACGCUGGCCAUCAUCACUGCUAUUACUUUGGCGUAACGAAAGACAAGUAUUACUGGUUCCUGAACUAGUGUCUUAAGAUCCAGUGAUUUUGUCAGGUAUUAUGUUGAGACCCCGAUGACAGGUUCUUCACGACCGACCCAUGGAUGUGGAGGUCGACCCGAGGAUGGAGGUCGACCAGAGGAUGGAGGUUGACUGCAUACAGGAGGGAGAUAAGGGGCUGAGACGUUUACUUCCUCUCUACCAAUUUCUGCAGAGCUCUUGCUUGAAAGCUGCUGUUGACAUCUUUGUACGUGGUUUCAAAAGUGCCCAGUAUGUUCAAGACAAUCUGAAUACACAAGUUAUGCCUGAUAUGAGACUUAUGGAUCUAUUUCAUCAGAUGAAUAAUAAAACUAAAACUAAUGACAAAAAGAAAGGAAAGAACAAGGGUGGAAAAGAUCCUCAACCACAGCAGCCUCAUAUACAGAUGAGGAAAUCAAAACAGUUCACCAAUAUUAGAGAGAAUGGUGACAUCCUAUCGCAGGUUACAGUGAAGGAUUUACUGGUGCCCAACCAUGAAAAGUGCAAAAUCCUCCAUGAGUUGGAUCUGAUUUUCAUUUUGAAUGUGAUAAUCAAUGAAAUGUUACAGUAUAAGCUCAGUGAUUCUUUGCUGGAAUCCCUAAUCCAGAUAAAAGACACUAGGACUGUCCUCUUUCAUCCACGAUAUAAUUUCAGUACGAAAAAUUUUGAUGAAUGUCUGGAGAAAUUAAAUAAAGCAAUGAAAGUCUUAUAUAAUCAUCUGGAUUACUCAAAAGAACAACUUGAAAUUGACGUGCUUCAUUGCCGCCAGGAAGCACAAAUGGACGAUCAGAUAGUCGACAAUAUUGUAGAGAAGCUCCGUUUUGAAAUCCACAAGAAGUAUGCACCGCCUCAGAACUACAUUGUCCCCAAUAUUUCUCGGAUACAAGAGCUGUCUGAGUUUGUGAUUGAAGAUCUGGUGAAAUUUAUUAAUGACCAGCGAUAUGCUGUGCCUGUUGAAAAGUCCCCCAUACUGUUGUGUGGUAAUCGAGGCACGGGAAAGUCUCUACUACUCCAGAGCUUAGCUGCUUCAUUCAGCAGGGAACCGUCAUCAGAGUUCUUGCUAAUACUACACUUAGAUGAAUGGAGCAGACAGCGGUUGUCUCAUCAAAGUAGUUGGACCAGGGAUGCCAAAACAGAAUUCUGGGACCAAAUAUUCAGGUGUGUUAAAAGCCUAGCUCCAGAAUUGGUGAGUAUCUAUGGCAUGGAUUCAAUAAAAGCAGUAAUACAGAUGCAUAUGAAUCAGGUUCUUUUUCUUAUUAACUGGGACAUUGAUAUUGUGGGUCCAAUAUGUAAAGAGAUGAGUUAUGGAACAUGGGUAGUGAAGUACCACGGCCUCCACUCUCCAUCAGUAGAUUGGCAAGUGCUUAAAGUGGAACCGUAUGGAGAAGUACAAGUGAGGGCAGCACUAAAGAGUUUAAACCUUAAAGACAGUAAAAUUGUCCUUCGUUUGUAUGAAGACUGUGAGUACAAGGAAAUCCUUACUACUUUUGACAUGAUCAAGAUUUUUAGUGAGAUGAGAAGCACUGUUACUCAUGGGACACAUUUUGAGAUUGCAGAAUUAUAUGUGAAAAAAAAGUUGAACAGUUGUGGUGAUGUAGAAUGUAUAACAAAAUUAGGAGAGAUUGCUUUCAAUGCUAUUUGUAAGAAUAAACUUGUACUGAAAGAAAGUGAUCUCUGUAAUAUUUCAAGUGAAAUUAAGGAAAAAUUUUUGGAACAUCAUGAAGAGAAGGGCACAACAUUCAUUCAUCUUAUUGCCCGGGACUUUAUGGCAGCAAAGUAUGUCAUCUCCCAGCCCACAAAGGCUUGUCAGGAAUGGCUUUGUAAUGUUCAUGUCUUCAAAGGAGUUUUCAAAUUUGUUUGUUCAAUGUGGUGUAAAGACCUUCAUUGUUUGAAAGGCAAUAUCCAUUACAUAAAAACCUAUCUGAUUAAACUGCUUGAUGUCAAGAGUCUUGCUGGAGAAGCAGCUAACAAAGAAAUUGGCAGUAAAAAGGGAAAACAAAAACCUAAAAAGAAUUUUCCUGUUUUUGUCAAUCCAUUGAAAGAUCCAUUCACAAAAUGGGGAUUCAUCUUACACCUUGAUGAUGCAUGUCAUGGGCGCAGACAAAUUUUAGAGCUGGUGGCCCAUCUCCUCUCCCAUAUUCGCUGUUGGCUAAUUAAGACUGAAAAAUGUUGGGACGAUGGAAAAUUAAGAAGAUUUGAGAAAAUUCUGAACAAUGUGGAAUUGAGGGAAGAUGAUCCAGUUACUAUUAAGCUUGAGAGUAGUACAGACACAAACAUGCUUAUUAAAAUUUGGAAUAAGAUUAAAAACAUUAAGAAAUUGUUUCACUGCUGCCAUGUUAAAUUGAUUUUGAAGUACAAUAAAACUGUCCCAUUAGUAGAUCAGGAUAAUGUUGUAAAGCUUUUUGAUGCCAUCUCCAAUGCUAAAAGUCCGGUGUACAUCACUCAUUACACCGGCCCUUUUCUCUGUUCAGAUAUCCCAGACAUUCUGAAAUGCUUUUGCUUGAGAAAACUAGUGAGGGUGAAUGUAAGUGUUUAUGAUGUAGCUUCUCUCACUGAGAUUAUGUCUUGUAAAGGAUUGGGCACUCUCAGAGACAUGUCAGUAAGAGUUGAGUUAAAGCUCUGUGAACAGCUAAAGCUCUCUGAAGAAGCUGUCCUGCCCUCACACCGCAUAGAAAUACCGGAUCAUGUCGACCUGGACCUCACCAUUAAAUAUUUUGUCAAUUUUCAGAAAUUGCUCGAUAGAUUUAAAUUCCGUCACCGCCUCUUUUCACUGAGCAUUCAUGAUGUAUUUGUUUGGAACGGAUUUAAAUUAAACUUGUCAGCCUUCAAAAACCUAAAAAAUUUAAAUAUAAGGUUUGAACCAAAUAUGGGAGAAGAAAUUGAACAAGAGAGAAAAAAGUGUGAUGUUAGAGUGGGAAUUAUGGAAACAGAGGAGCUUGACAAGGUAUCUACCAAACUACAGAUACUUCCGAGGUGCUCUUGGAUGUUUAACCUUGUUGUGUCACUGUCCCUGCCUUCCAGGUUAGAAAGACUCCUGUUGAGAAAUGUGGAAUUCUACAAUAACUCCAAUAAUUAUCUGUUGCUAAAUUUCUUUGGAAAUUAUAAAAUAGACAGACUAGUGAUAUUAGAUUCUCUGCUUUCCUUGAAAGGAGUCAAACAAGUCAUCAGUACUCAUACUGAAAUUAUUGAUGAUGACUUAGCAACAAUGACAAAAAAGUUGAGAGUAGACAGAUCAAGUAGUUGUGAAGUUCGGGAACUAAUUGCCAAGAAACCGAGGCUCACGAAAGAAGAGCGUGCCGAACGAAGGAGUAAUAAACCCCCUGGGAAAGAAAUUAUAAUAACAUCGGAGUUGUCUUUAUGUACAAAUUGUGAAAGUUUCCCCUGUUUGUGUACUGGAGUUGGCAGUGGAGACACCUUUGAAGAUCUGAUUUAUGUCAUUGAAGAUAUUUAUUUAUAUGAUAUCCUGAGCUUCACCUACACAAGUAAUAUUGUCACUGUCAGGAAGGAUAUAUGUGGAGAUUUAAGAGUCCACUGUAUCAUAUCUCAGCUGGAUGAUUCCACAGCAAGUGAGAUACACUCUUCCAAUACUUGGCUAAGUAAGCUAUUCUUGACAUUGACUCUAGCACAGUGUAUCUGCUUUGACUGUACUAAUCUGUCCUACAAAGGCGCCAUGGCAAUGGUUCAUCAUUUCAAGAACAUUAAAAGGGAUCAUAGCUCUGACGGAGUGGUUGAGCCCUUUUCUUUAACGAUAGAAUCCAUCUGCCACUCUACGACCCAUGAUCAAUUCUUAUGCCUCAUUGACUUCAUCAAAAGAGAGGAAUGUCUUGCAGUUUUCAACUUCAGGUGUAUGUGCAUAAACAAAUGCUUUAAAGUGAAGAAAACCUGUAGUGGUAUGAUAUAUCUGAAUGAUGUUGAUAAAACUGACAGAUAGAUAACAGUACAGUAUAGAAAAUGAGAAUUCUUACUUCUUUAUUUUGUACAUCACUUUAGUGUUGACAUACUGUACAUCUUACCCAUAGUUAUGUCACUGUGUUAGAUGGUCUGAUUUAAUGCACUCUCUUAAUCUUUAAAGAAGAAGAUUUGUUGUGGAGUAUAAGAAUACCAUUUUUUCUUCUGAGUUCAAGAUUUUUAAGUCAUGGUAGUGUUUUGAAAAUAAUUGGUUUUUUCAAUAUUUCAGAUGAUGGUGUCAUAACUUAAACUUUUACCAUCCUCCUUCAGUAAUGAUCUUGCUAUCAGUGUAGCCAAGAUACACAGAGUGAAAGUGGGCUCCAUAAGAAUGGCUUAAAUCCCUCAUUAUUUUCACUCUUUCUUUUUACUCCGAGGGUUUUUGGGAGUCAGGUCUUGUAGCAUAUGUCCUCUGUAUUACUGUUUGUGUGUUGUUAGUUUGAGGUGAUGAAAAAGGUGGCCAUUAUACUGACAGCUUCUUGAUGUUGUACUCUUGUUCUGCAACACUUUAGAUUUAAUUCAAAAUUUAUAU